GUCGCUGCUAAAAUCUGGUGAAGCCAACACAGUGUGUCAGUGUGUCCUGUGCUCCAGCCUUGACUGUCCAGAUGGAGAACCACCUCACCGUCUGUCACCUCAAUCCUCCUCCGACACUGGACUAACGAUAAUAGCGUUAAAUCCGGAGGACGACUAUGAGCGUCUCCUGAUUCACAUGUCGCUGUCGGCCACAGACACAGAGGCUUCAAACAGAUCAGAAGACUCGCCUUAAAGCUGAGGGUUACAGUGUGCUGUGCAGUGUCAUUCUCUGUGUUGCCACUGUUGGUAGCAUGACUUGGUUUACACUUCCUGUUGACAACCUGCUGUGCAGGUGUCUUGGCAUCUCCAUCACUGUGUGGUUCACUCUUCUGUUUGUCUUCAUAAUUGUGCCAGCUGUACUUGGAGUCUCUUUUGGUAUGCGCAGGCUGUACAUGAGGACGCUUCUCAAGAUCUUUGAGUGGGCAAUGCUACGAAUGGAGAUGGGAGCAAAGGAAAAGAAUCAGGAACUCUAUAAACCAUAUAGCAAUGGUAUCAUAGCCAAAGAACCACCAUCUUCUUUGCAGCAGGAGAUCCAGGAGCUCCGUGGUUCAGCCUGUCUGCGCUCAGAGCCGGAGUUUGAGAUGGCCGACAUCUUCUACUUCUGCCGCAGAGGUGUGGAGAGCAUCGUGGAUGAUGAGGUGACCAAGCGCUUUUCAGCCCAGGAACUGGAGAGCUGGAACUUGCUGACUCGGAGCAACUACAACUUCCGUCACAUAAGUCUGAGGCUUACCGUCCUGUGGGGCCUGGGGAUCCUCAUCCGCUAUGGCGUCCUGCUUCCUCUCAGGGUUACUCUGGCAGUCACUGGCAUUGGUUUGCUCCUAGUCCUGACUGCCUUGGUGGGCUUUUUGCCAAAUAGAGAGUUAAGGUCCUACCUGAGUGAGAAGGUUCAUUUGAUGUGUUACCGCAUCUGUGUCAGAGCUCUCACAGCAAUCAUCACCUAUCAUAACAGGGAGAACAAACCACAGAAUGGUGGGAUCUGUGUGGCCAAUCAUACAACACCCAUUGAUGUCAUCAUCCUGGCCAAUGAUGGCUACUACUCUAUGGUUGGCCAGGUGCAUGGAGGGUUGAUGGGAAUGAUCCAAAGAGCCAUGGUCAAAUCCUCUCCUCACAUCUGGUUUGAAAGAUCAGAAGUUAAAGACAGACACCUAGUGGCAAAAAGACUUGGUGAUCAUGUUGCUGACAAAACCAAACAGCCUAUCCUUAUCUUUCCUGAGGGUACUUGCAUCAAUAACACAUCAGUGAUGAUGUUCAAAAAGGGCAGCUUUGAGAUUGACUGCACUGUCUAUCCAGUCGCCAUUAAGUAUGAUCCUCUGUUUGGGGAUGCUUUCUGGAACAGCAGUAAGUUUGGCAUGGUGAAUUAUCUGUUGAGGAUGAUGAGCAGCUGGGCCAUUGUCUGCAGCGUUUGGUAUCUGCCACCUAUGAACAAAGAGGAAGGGGAGGAUGCGGUGCAGUUUGCCAACAGAGUGAAAGCGGCCAUAGCUGCACAAGGAGGCUUAGUGGAUCUCAUUUGGGAUGGAGGGCUGAAACGAGGAAAAGUGAAAGAUGCUUUUAAAGAGGAGCAGCAGAAACUCUACAGCAAAGUUCUUGUAGGUGAGCAGGACCAGGAAGACCACAGUGACGACAAACAUUUAGAGGACGAAAAUCCAGAGGAGCAUGAAAACAGCCGAGGAUGAAGCAAAAGACAAUGAGGACACAGUGAAUGUAUGACAUACUUUUAUUGUACAAGACGUACAGACUCUACAGUGACAUCUUACACAUACAUGUGAAUUAUCAAAGUAGGAAUUUAUAUUGUGUCAUUUUUACCAGGCUCAGAACCAAAGAAAAGGAUUUUGUAGCAUGUUUUGUUUUGAUAUUUAUGUUUUUAUCAUAUUUAUUUAAUGUGUUGUAUGUUGUGACAUUAUGUUGUAAAUGAUUAAAACAUAUUUACUGUUUGUGAAUGAUGAAAACCUUAACACCAUGGAGGAUAGUCC